CAAAGAAUAGACGUAACAAGAUUGGUUGUAAAAAAUUGCACAUAAAGAAGCUUUGUUGAGUGUUUAAAAUAAUUAAAAAGUGAUUCAUAAUAUUUAAAAAUAGUCUAGUUAAAAAAAUCAAUCAGCAAAAUGCAAAAAGAUGUAACAAAAAAGUCGAAAAUGUAGAUCCACAAUAAAAAUUUGUAAUUUCUGUGCAAAAUCACCAUUAAGCAAUGCAUCAAAAGUUAAUUAUAGUGUUGUAAUAAUCAAGAGAAUAGAAGCAUAGCAUUAAAAUAAAUUGAAACUCAGUGUAUUGUGGAUUUUUUUAUUAUAAGUUUUGUGUAAUAUUAGGAAUAAAAAUAAUAUCCAUCGAAAAUGGACUGGAUCAUAAGCGAUGAAUAUAAGCUUACAGUUGGAAAUGUCCUUGGGCAUCUCGCAGCAGCUGCAAUGAUAUGUGGUGGUGUUCUUCCAUAUGUACCACAAUAUCGUCAGAUUUAUAGAACACAAGAUCCGGAAGGCUUUUCCCUUCAUGUAUGCCUAGCACUUCUCAUAGCAAACACUUUAAGAAUAUUCUUUUGGUUUUCAAAACGCUACGAGCUUCCACUUCUCAUCCAAAGUGUUGUUAUGAAUAUCACCAUGUUCCUGAUGAUCCAUUUAUGUGUAAAAGUUCGACGUAAUAAUGCAAUUAUGAGGGCAAGAGAGCGUGUUUUCUCAGAUCAAGCAGUAACAUCUGUUGAUGGAAUAUCGCCAAUCAAUAAACCAAACACCAACAGUGAAUCACGUCAGCCGUCUUCUGAAAACACAGUAAUUUCACAGUCGAAACAUUAUAUCAGCGAUUUUGAUUCACGAUACUUCUGGGCAUGGACAGACUUUCAAUCAUAUCUCGACUUUCUGCUGGUAGUAUGGGCAGUCGGCGCUGCUGUCACUUACAUUAUGUUACCAGUCAAUUGGUUCAUGGAAAUGAUUGGUUUUCUUGCAGUAUUCACAGAAGCAAUGUUGGGUGCUCCACAAUUUUUGAGGAACUAUAGGAAUAAGUCGACACAUGGAAUGAGUUUUCUUAUGGUUAUCAUGUGGACGAUAGGUGAUGUUUAUAAGACAACAUAUUUCAUUUUACGUUCUGCACCAAUUCAAUUUUGGUUAUGCGGAAUGCUUCAGGUCUCUUUAGAUUUAGCAAUACUUUUACAAGUAUAUAUAUUUCGUAAAAAUCCAGCACCACGCAGUGCACAUCGAGGCGAUUAACAAUUUGCCCCCAACGAUAUCCAAGCAAUUCAACAACAAGAAAUUCAACAGCAUAGUCAACGACCAAGUCACCACAAUAAUCAAGAAACGACAAUUUGUCGCCAAUUGUCAUUUAAAUUUAUGAAUAAAAAAUCACAAUCAAAUGCCAUUGAUAGGAAUUUAUGUACUGCAUCGCCAGAGCUACAAUUAGAAAUUGUUGAUGAGAAUCUCGAUAGGACAAUUUUAAAUCCAUCCAUGGAACCAGUUCCAUCGUCAUCAUCAAGAAAUGCAGCGCCUGAACAUAAAGAGACAUAUGUAAAUAUGAUGUAUAAUAAUUCGACAGGCACUGUUUCUCCAGGAACAGUUGAAUCACCAAUUGAGGACGACGAUGAUGCUGAGAUGAUGCAUAGUAGGACGAAAAAAUUAACAAAAGCACCAUUUAGAUUUAAGCAAUUUAAUAUAAUGAAAAAUAGUAAUUAUAAGCUUAAACAAAUGUCACCUCCGCCUACUGAGCUAGCAUCGUCGCCAAUUGACGAGAAGCAGGCAAAAUUUGAACGUCAAAAAUCAAACACAAGUUCUACACGUUCAGCAUCAUCAUCAUCACGACUGAAAAAACUUUUUAUGUUAUCUCGGGCUGAUCCAUCAAGAAAACGUCAAAAAGAUAUUAGCUUGAGAAAUUUACGUCAUGUUUUAUGACAAAACGCCUCGCUGGUCAUGACAAUGUGGCCAGCAAUAGGCGACGUAGAACAAGUAAUAUCGGACAUGAGAGGAAGUCGUCAGGCGAUAUGUGAAAGAAAAGAUGCACAUAGCACUGAAAUGGGAACAAUUGAGAUGGGUAUGAAGAGUGCUGAGACACAGACAGAAUUGAUUGAUGAAAGCAAUCCAGCGUCUCCACAUGACUUUGAGAUCAUGAGUGAGAAAAUUGCAACAAAAGAUAACAAUAAUCAAUCACGUUUGAACAUAAAUUCAUUAAGAGAUAUGAAGGAUCUUAAAUGUAUUGAUGAUGAUACAGCUAGUGGUCAUCGUAUAUUCUUUACGCCUGACAAUCCAGAAACAAAAUUAUAGCAUUUGGCAUUUACUUACGUCACUUAUAUCUCUUCUAUGAAUCAUGUUAAAUUUCUUAACGUAUUAAUCGUCGUUGACAUAUCGAAAAGCAUCUAAACUAUGAAAAAUUUCUAAAUUUUAUGUUGUUGAAAACAAACAAUUAUGUUGACUUGGACAUCCUAUUUUUUAUUGGAUAUCAAUAAUGUUGGGGGAACUUCGAAAAAGAAAAAAAAAUACUGAUAAUUAACUUAAUUAAUUAGCAAAAUAUUUGUCACUUAAUGCGGACCUGCUAAUCG